GCGAAAGAGAACUUAGCAAUGUGGAAUAUGGAUCGGUACCUGAUCCUUCAAGUCAAACUCUAUACGCAAUUCAGCAUUGUCCAUGCCCUUAGGGCUGACACUUGCUCACACGAUGAAUAACAGAACUUACGGAAUCUUGUUUAGAAGCGGUGACGAUUAGAGUUUGGUAGGGAGAAAAGAGUUGCCAUAAAUAUGAUGGCAAGACUUAAGAUUUCAUUCCUGUGGAUUAUCGAUUCGAUGAUUUAGUGAGGUACUUUCUCUCUGUGUCUAUAACCAAUUUCUGAAUCAAAAACAAUGCUUGCACAAUCACCGUUUGCUCUGGCUGCAACUGUGGCCCUGUUCGGAUUUCCAACAGUGACUGCCGCGCCGGCGAAGAGAUCUGACGGAUCUCUUGAACCAAGAAGUAAUUGUCACUACCUCCCAACGGAUCUUCAGUGGCCUAGUCUUGCAAACUGGCAGCAAUUGAAUCAAUCUAUCAAUGGGAAACUCAUCCUCGGAAGACUUUUGGCUCAAAGCUGCCACAAUUCCGACUAUGAUUCAGCCGAGUGCACAGAGAUAGAAAAUACUUGGACAGCACCACUUACAUAUUUCACGGAUCCAGUCAAUGUUAUGGCACCAUACUGGCUUAAUGAUUCUUGCAGUCCCUUUAUUUCUAUAAAUGCGACAUGCAAUCUAGGAAAUAUUGCUUCAUAUGCCAUCAACGCCAGCAGUGCUGAUGAUGUUAUUGCCGGUUUGAAAUUCGCAACGGAGAAUAAAUUACGAAUCACAAUUAAGAAUACUGGUCAUGACUACAUCGGUAGAUCCAAUGACGAAGGAUCCCUCGCACUAUGGACUCACAACCUCAAAGAUAUCUCGUUUCUCAACUAUACCGGCACUAAUUACACUGGCCCUGCGGUCAAAGUUGGAGCUGGAAUUCAGUUCUUUGAAGCUUACAAAAUUGCUGCUGAGAACGGUCUGCGAGUUGUGGGUGGCUUUUGCCCAACUGUAGGCAUGGCUGGUGGAUAUGUACAAGGUGGCGGGCAUGGUCCCCUCGGAGCAACAUACGGUCUCAGCGCGGAUAAUGCAUUAGAAUUUGAAGUUGUAACCGCUGAUGGUCGCCAUCUCAUCGCUACUCCUACGGAAAACUCGGAUCUCUACUGGGCACUUAGCGGCGGCGGGGGAGGCACAUACGCCGUGGUAAUCUCGUUGACUACGAAAGUCCACGCUGGCGGUAUAGUUGCAGGUGGAUCAUUUACCAUCAACAAUACUGGUGAUGCCAGGUACUGGUCCGCAAUCGAAGCUUGGCAAAAGCACCUUUUGGUUCUAGACCAAAUACCAGGCUUUACCACCGUUUGGGGCUUCACGAGCGAUGCAUUCAACCUUGCAUUUGCUACAUUGCCGGGGGGAAAUGCCUCGACGAUGGCCGAAGCAUUAGCUUCGUACAAAGAAGAGAUUCAAGCAAUGAACCUAACAUUUGCAGCAUACGAAACAAGUGAUAGGCCAAACUUCUACGACCACUACGGGCAUUACACCGGAAGUCUUCCCUAUGGACCUUAUACGACAAAUGAUAUUAUUGGAGGACGGUUAAUUCCCCGCUCGACCAUCCAAAAUAAUGUCACUGAUCUAAUUUCUGUUUUCAAAGACAUUAUCAGCACGACCAGAAUCCCCGCAACAUCUUUACGAAUCAACGGAAUAGCCGCUAACGUCACACAUUCUCGCGUUGGGAACCAUGUAGGCUCCAAUGCUGUUCUUCCUGCAUGGCGUGAUUCUCUCUAUUGGCUAAACGUUGAUGUUGGCAUCGAUGCAGCAGCUUCAAGAGAGACAAUAAAUCAGAUUCAAGCUCAAGUGAAUGCAUUCCAAGACCAGUUUAAGGUCCUGACCACUGGUGGCGGGUCUUACAUGAAUGAGGCAACAUUUGAUAAUCCCACAUGGAAGGAGGAUUAUUAUGGUGAAAAUUACGAUCAAUUGCUGGACGUGAAGUUGUCUUAUGAUCCAAAUUUUGUUUUGUACGCUCAUACGUCUGUUGGGAGUGAUCUUAUGACUGUAGCUUCGGAUGGGAGAUUAUGUAAAGACUGAUAGGCAUGAGAGACAUUCGCGUUGGAAUAAUUACAUAGAUAGUGGUGCACUUCCCCAAUUGCAAGAUAAACGAACGAUGUGAUAGUACUUUAAUCAGUACUAAACAGGCAUCCUUUUUGGUUGGAAGCCCCGUGGAGAGUGAUGUGUUAUCUCGAAGAACAUUCCCCGCAAGUGCUAAGAGAAAGAUACAAAGAUUUUUGCAACAGCCAGUAAAUUCUCAGGACUGCAAAGAAUUUCCUGCAAGCUAUCUGCUGAUCACUGACUAUACGAGUAUGCAAGUACUUUUCAUGCAUCGUGCGGCACAAGUUCAAGGUGUUCAGUAGUCCGAACUGAUAGACUAAAAAUGAGCUUUCGAUGUUUGAAAAGAGUUUAAUAUUCCAAACUAUUCGAAUAAUGAACCAAUCAAAUUGAAAAAACGAAUACCUCUAAUUAUUACACCGCAGGUCUAACUAUAGAGACACUGCGGUUGGCUAGCUCUCAACUCCACGCAAGAACAGG